UAUCCUCUUCUUAUCGGGAGCCUUUAUACUUACGAUAUCUUCGCCGCUACUCCAUGUUGUUCAGCUCGACUGUUGUGUAAUGUCUGUGGUCAAUUCGUCUUGUCGGCAAAUCGUCUUCAGGACCACUCUCCGCCCGGCAGUCAACGGAAAUGGACACUUUCUUCUACCGUCACUUCUGAUGACUCAGGUGCGGUGCUCAGUCAGUCCGGCAUGUCCGGCGAUGGGCCAAUUACCAGCGAAACCCCGCUUCCUUAUUACAGCCAAUAUAGUCUUGCCUACUCCUGUCGGCAAUGUGGUAACCAGGCCUACCACUUCGUAAAGCCAUUUGAGACCAGCUUUAUUUUUGUAGACCAUUAA